CUAAUACUAAUAUUAUAAAGCUGAAGAGUUUGUUUGUUUGAACGCACUAAUCUCAGGAACUACUGAUCCGAUUUGAAAAAUUCUUUCAGUGUUAGAUAGCUCAUUUUUUUAGGCUAUAGGCCAUAUAACAUCACGGUAAGGCCAAUACAAGUGGAGCACCAAUAAAUAAUGUUUCAAAAUAGGGUUUUAAAUAGCUCCUUAACAUUCUAUAAUUCAAAAAUAUUUUCACUUUCUACGUAAAUGAAGUGGGGGUAAAAUUUAGCGCUAUGCCAAAGUAACUAUUACACGGGGAUGGACUCGCAGGCAAAAGCUAGUUACAGUAUAAAAUUAAUCGCGUUUCAGUGACGUCUGUGAUAAGUAAUGAUAUCAAAUAGAGCUUAGUUAGGACUCUAAGAAAUUUUAAUUUGAUACAAUAAAUUCUAAGUUAUCGACGUCACUUUGAUGAUUAAGUUCUUUUAUUGUAUUUACAUCUGUUGUGUCAAACUUCAAGCGUAAAAUAUUACUAAGCAUAAUAUCGUGUCAAAUAAAACACCGUUACUUUGUUUGAUCACGGACGUUUGAUACGAUUCGGUAGUAUCAGAAAGACAUAAUGUGUUUCUCUAUUUUGUAGUUAAAGACUUUUGCAACCGUGUAACAAGUUCAAAGACACGUGUAUGUUAGUUUAAUCGAUUUUAGUAGUGAGCGCCACUGAAAAUCAACUGCCCAACAUUUUCCCAUUUCUGCAGAAUGUAGUUAUCGGGUUUGAUUCGCGAUAAGCUUACCAUGCCGUAGGUAAUCUUAUCAUUGAGUGAUAAUAGUUAUAAGUGUCAGUGAGUUAUGCGCUGUACGCUACGUUGGUACUCGCGCGGGAACAGGUAACACAACAACUCCUGAACUCAAUCGGCAGGUCGCAUCAGUGAUCGCGUUAGUGAGUGACCAUGACGCUCAAACACCUCUGCCUGUUGUUGCUGAUCACACUAGUCACUUGUGAAGCUGGGAUAAAAUCCGACGAAACGCCUAUUCCAGUUGAAACAGAUAAUCAAUUUCCACCUGAAACUAAUUCCGAAUUAGACGGAAGUAUUCUAGAUGGCAGCGGUGGAGGUCCUAUCGAAGAACCAAUAGAAGUUACUACCCUAUCUUCUGCUCCAUUACUCGAAGAUGUUCAGUUGACAGCUAAUGCCGAAGGAACUGCGACACAGUCCGGUGAUUCAACAUGCCCAAAACCGUGCGUGUGCCACACUGAGGGUGAUUCGAGCAAUUUCGUAGUAGACUGUUCAGGAUAUGGGCUCACUGAAUUCCCAACUCCUUUAGAUGUACGAACUACAAUACUAAACUUACAAAACAACAAACUGACUGGGAUACCGAAGGAUGUAGCUUCCCUCAAAAAUUUGAAAGUUUUAAAUGCUAAUAAAAACUCUAUCAUGGGCUUGGAUUUAGGCUCAGUCAGCGAGCUGCCUGGUUUAACGGUCUUAAAACUAGGAAAUAACAGAUUAAUUGAAUACCCACAAGAUUUGAAAAACGGAUUUUCACUAACAAAAUUGGAAGAGCUGGAUUUAGGCGGCAAUGAUAUCAGGACAGCUCUCACUACAGAUUUGUUCUCGAAUUUUAAAGGCCUUCGUAAGUUGACUUUACCCUCUGCUGCGUCAUCUUUAAAUGAAGAAUUAUGUAACUCUUUUAAAGGCACCUUAGAAAGCGUCUGCACAGAAUCAUGCAAAGAACAUUUAUUUGAAUGCCCAGAUGCACGACGACCAUUGGAAGGCGAAGGUUGGCUAGACGCUAUUUCACCUGGCACUAUUGCUCUUACAUCAAUAUAUGCAGACGAAUCUCAUUCUGCAAUCAAGCCUGAGGUAGCUAAAACUGCACAAGCAGACACUAAGCAAACAGAAACACAAAAGAACACAGAGCCUUUACAAAAUAGUCAGGUGUCAUUGAGAACGGCUAUUAACAGUGCACCUAUUGCAACAGGUCAAACAACUUCGACUGUAGAGUCUAAUAAAGAGAAGGAUACGGAUGUUAAGGUAGCCGUAGGAGCAACUACUGCGGAAACUAAGUCUGGAGGAGUAGAUAAAUCAAUCAUUGGGAUGAUGAUAGCCGGUAUGGUGGUAAUAGUAGCAGGCAUUACAAUCAAAAAGAAUUGGAGUUCCAUCAGAAACAGAUUCAGUUCAUCACCAAGAGCAGCAAAUGAACGUUCAGCUACAACUGCUAAUGGGACCACUCCAGAAGAAGUGCCUCUGCAAGAAAAGUCACCUGUUUAAACAUUGCUUUUAAGAAUGUUCCGUGUAGGUAUUUGUACCGCAGUAAAGGUAUUUAAUUUCAUAAAAUAGAAACUUAAGCGGACAACUUGCUCUUAAUGAAUUGGUUCCAGGUGCCGUUAAUGUGGUUAAAGUCAAUUUGUAGUGUGUAAUUUCGAUCUGAGUGUUUUCAGUUUAUUUAUUUGUGAAUACUUUCCAUUUAAAGUAUGUAUGAACAGAUACAAUAUACUUUAUUCUAUAAUAAAAAAUACAAAAAACACGCGUGUCAGGUAAACAGAAAGAUAAUUAUAAUCGAAAAUAUAAGUUAAGACGCUUUAGUUUAAGGUUUUGAAUUUACAGUUUAAAUUCAAUAUUUAUCAAGCUAUAAUGUAUAUAGAUAUAUUAUUUUCUAUAUUGUAAUCUUUAGUAGAUACUUUAGAUUGUAAUCUUUUUUAUUUUGACAUUAAUAAGGUGCUAUCCCGUAAUAAAGAUUUAUUUUGUA